AUGACAUAUGGGGACAUUCUUAAAUAUGGAGAGGCAGUAGUAAAGAAGUGUACAGACUCAAAGAGGUGCCUGUUGUAUCUAAUCCUUUUUAGAUUGCUUAACAGUUUAGCGGUUCAGACGUCCUUCUUUCAAGAUGAGUACGCUCAGUCGAUCGAAAUUUCGCAUUAUUGGGUUUUCGGGUAUGGCCAUAAACCCUGGGAGUGGGAACCCUGCAUAUCUCUGCGAUCUGUGGUGCACCCCUUGACGUAUGCCAUUUUGUUUUACAUUUUGAAAAUCACCAAGUUGGAUACCCCCCUUGCGGUUCUCUACGCCCCAAGGAUUUUUCAGGCGCUGUGUGCGGCGCUCGGCGACUAUGGGGUGGUCAAGUUGGUUACGCUUUGGUAUGAGCAGCUGUACGAAGGGGGGAGAGGUGUGAGCGGUGUGAGCGGCGGAGUGAGCACCGGUUGGAGCAGCGGCCGGAGCAACCGCUGUACCAGCGGGGGGCACCUCCCCCCCGUGCACGCAGUCCUCACCUGCUACUUCCUCUGCUGGUUCCACUUCUACACCAUCUGCAGAACCUCCUCUCAGUCAUUCGAGUGCAUAUUGAACAUAUGGGGGGUUUACUUCAUCUCGAGGAACUACCUCCCCGUUGUUCCCUCCACGCGCGGAAUGACACUCUCCUGCUCGAAUGAACACGCGAAGGAGAAGCAGAGCAACCAAUCGAGAGGAGGCACAGCUGUUAUGCGGCGGGGCGUCCUCCACAGCGAUCAAAGAUUAGUGCAAGAGGGCCACCCUCCCAGCAGUAUCCUCGCUAGUGAUGAUAAAAGGAAAAUUUCUUCCACAGGGGAAGCAGAAAAUGGAGGGACUACACACCGUGCAGGGGGGGAAGAGGCGGACAAUCAGGGUGAUGUCUCCACAAUUGGGCACUCCUCCUUCCCCCAUGAGGGUAUCCCCCACAAGGGCGCCACAUCAGUGGACAAUCUCAAAAAGGCGCAGAUACGAAAUCUUUUGCUGAGCCUGCUGUGCAGCUCCUUCUGUGUGCUAAUCAGACCGAACGCCGCCCCAUUUUGGCUUUGCGUAUAUUUCCUCUACUUGUUGAAGAGCGCGAAGGGGCAAAAGGGAACUCUACGGAUGGGGGAAGUGCUCACAAUUGGCCUCUCAUACACGGUGGUUUUUUUUCUCCUGGGAAUGAUAGCAGAUUCGUAUUACUAUAACAAGAUAACGAUCACCGUUGUGAAUUUUUUUCUUUACAAUUUUUUAAGCUUCCUACUUCAUAUAGUGUGCGCCUUCUUCUUCAGUAGAAUACAUAACAGUUCCCCAGAAAAAGUCGCCACCUACUUUCGAAACCUCAAAACGGAGAGUGAUAAGGAGGUGACCAUUUUGAUGACGGACUGCUAUGACACCCCGUUGUACUCUCACAUUCACAGGCAAUUUAAAAUAGGCUUCCUAGAUUGUUCGCCGCAUAUAAGGAAACCAAAUGGGCACAUUUUGCACAACUGGAGGAAGAAGAUAUAUGACGAUCACUUUGGAAAAGUUUUUUACCAACUAUUUGAUGAGAGCAAACGGACUCCCGACUCGGUCGAGCCGUAUAUAAUCCCAGGGCAGAACUUCCAAUGGUUUGGCCGCAAAAAUUUUAACAAACGAAGGAAGCACUUCCAGUGGGGUUACGAGAAAAUUAACUUUUCCUGUUUGGACUACCGUUUUUCCACCCCCCUAAAUGGAGAGCUGCCCCUUUACUUGGUCACCACUUCGGAGCGGCUGCCCCAGUUGGCACGCUUCCUCUCCCAGUUUAACUAUCGCCUUGACGCGGACCCCAUUUUCUCCCACUUUGCGCUGGUGGAGGGGGGCCGGCGUCUCGGCGUCGUCAGCCAUUUGAUUUUCAAGCGGGGCCCUGCAUAGUGGGCAGCACUCCGGGGUGUGUGCAUGAUGUGUGUGUUGUGGUGUGUAUGAUAUAUGUGUUGUGUAUGACGUAUGUGUUGUGUUGUGCUGUGAGCUUCUUACCGCCCUGCCGUCAUU